UUGUGUUUCUACUGAGUUCCAAAGCGGGAGGAGUUGGUCUAAAUUUGACUGGAGGAUCUACACUAAUACUUUAUGAUAUCGACUGGAACCCAGCCAAUGACAUUCAAGUAAGAAACAUUGGGGUGGCUUGAUUUUACUACGAGGACGAUUGCAAUUCCAGGUUUUUUUCUGUCAAAAUUCCAACAUAAGCCACACAAUAUCAAACACAAAUCUUUCAAAAUUUCAGUGGUUUUCUUUUCCAGGCAAUGGCGAGAGUUUGGCGCGAUGGACAACGAAAGAAAGUGAGGAUAUAUCGCCUUUUGACCACGGUAAGACGUGUACCGUAUUUAUUCUAAUAGACGCCUACUAUCCAUUAAACGUCCCAUUCCGAUAAACGCCCUCUUCAAGAACGCUCUCUCUAAUAAUUAAACGCCCCCUCAACAAUUAAAUACCCCCUUGCAUUCGAGAAGAUAAAACUCCAAAUGUCAACAUUUCAUUUAGUAGGGCACCUGUUGGUAACAGCAUUUUUUGUAAUGCUGAAAGAUUUACCCUACUCAAAUAAAGUUUUUCAUACUCAUACUCAUUUUUGGUAUUAUAUACAUUGAAAGAUUUUUUAUGUACUUCACUUGUUGAAACCAGUGAAAUGAAUAUUCAUUUCACUGGUUGAAACAGAAUAUUGGAGCAGAUGAGGACCACACCGAUCCUCACGUUUAAAACACCGCACGUAAUGUGUUUUGCCAUAAAAUUGACAGGGGACAAUUGAAGAGAAGAUCUAUCAAAGACAGAUCAGUAAACAAGAGUUAAGUGGCGCUGUGGCGGACACAAAUGUUUCAUCAAAACGACAAGAUUUCUCUCGUGAAGACUUGAAGGUGAUUACAGUGGAAAAUUGUAUCUAGUGUGCAGCCACAGCGGUCUUUGGAUAUACCUGCACUGCUGCACAUUAGAGAAGUUCAAAUUUAACUUCUAAUACCGCUUCAACCCCAACCCUUGAAAGUACUUACCACCAAAGGUUUUAUAGUACAAUGGCUUCACUUUAUUUCAAUUAGGAUCUAUUUACUCUUCAUACGAAAACAACCUGCCUCACUCAUGAACUGUUGAACUGCUCUUGUACCACCAAGACUCAUGGAGAGGUGAGAUGUUGGCUUAACCUUAUUAAUAGCUGGGUUUCAGUCACGUGGUACAUUUAGCGCGUGGUAGUCAACUCCAGAAAGAAACACAGUUACCAGAGCGAGUUAAUUUUUCAUUAUAUGUGUAAUUGACUUUGUGUUUGGUAAAUGAUGUAAUUUGGCGAAAUGUGCUCGCUUCCACAAAACAUUAAGUGGUAGUACGUGUAAAGUUGACCAUCAAGCGUUUCCCCAUGUUGUAUAUAGCUUAGUGAAACCCACCUAUAGAGGUUCAGAUUUGACUGCCACUACCUUUCACUGGCUUAGUACGCAUCUGAUUGGUUAAUUGGAUAGUUCAAAUGCAUCUGAUUGGUUAAUUGGAUAGUUCAAAUGCAUCUGAUUGGUUAAUUGGAUAGUUCAAAUGCAUCUGAUUGGUUAAUUGGAUAGUUCAGAUGCAUCUGAUUGGUUAAUUGGAUCGUUCAAAUGCAUCUGAUUGGUUAAUCGAAUAGUUCAAAUGCAUCUGAUUGAUUAAUGGUCCUUUAGUGGUAGUGAUAGUCAAAUCUGAAUCUCUAUAUUAUUACACUGGGACUGGUGUACGAAGAUCGGACCGGUUGGUGAUUUUUUCAAGCUUCGUAAAAUUAUCCGUUAAUUGCUAUAACCCAGAUUGAACUUUAGUAUUUAUAAAUUAAAGUUUCUGUUUAUAAAUUGUGAGGUCCUGAUCCAUAAUUUUAUAGCUUUAUAAGCAUUUUUACAACGGUUGAAGAAAUCACUAUCCCGUGAAGAGCGCUGUCCGGCCUUCGUACAACACUAUAAACUGUGGUACAACCAACCCCAGUAAUUUAGUUGAUAUGUAAUUGGCAGUAGAAGCAGGCUCUACAUUUAGACUAAAAAUGUCACCUCUCACUUUUUAAGGAGGAAAACGCCCGUUCGGUGACAUCGGGUGUUGUCAAUCUUGCAAGAAAAUGUCAGCUGGGCCUGGGUGGCAUAAGACAUGAAACCAAGGUACGGUGUACACGUAAAAACGCACAACUUGUACAAAUCGGCAUCAGACUUGUACCAAUGCUGUUUCAACAACUUGUCACCAGGAUGUGUUCGCACUGCUUGUUCCCAGUUUGAGGUUCUCGACUCAACAGACUUGUUUCGGGUUGUUCCAACAAUUUGCAAUCGUCCCGCAAACUUGAUAACAAGUUGUGAGUAACAUCCUUGUACAGCAAGCUUGAUAAAAUGACAACAUUGUUGCAACUUGUUGACAAGCUUGUUACAAGCCUGUUGCGAACACAUCUUGUUGACAAGAUGCGAGAUUUUUACAUCCAUGUGUAAUAGUUCAAACACUAGGCUCCAGGGUAGAUACAGUAUUGUACAAUCCGCUGCCGUGGUUUGAACCCGAAAAAUAUUAAAUCCUCGGCGGUGGGGGUGGGUGUAGUAGGGCGACGUCCUUGGCGAAAAGGCUUGCCUUUAUCUUCUUGAGGUAGUUCAGACUCCAAUUAUAUAAUAAUGGAUGGUUUAAUUUUAACUUCACACGGUUUUUAAAGGAAAAGAAUCUUUCCAUGGCCGAGUUACUGCAAUGGAAACAUUUUUCAAGACCUAUUGAAGAAACCAACUUGGAGGUGAGACUUAACUAACUUAUCCAAAUUUGCGUAGGGAGGUAGAGGAGUAUAGAGGCCCUAUACCCACACACAAAGCAAUCGUGUCUACCUAUAUCUAUCUACCCUCCUACCUAAUCUGCCCAUCUGCCUAACCUAGCUUCCCCCCCCCCCCCCCCACACUCAACCUAUAUUAAUACGUUUACCAACCAACCCAAACUGAAAACGAACCAACCUUCUCGUUUGACCAGGACACGAGAGUUGAGAAAACUCUCAUGCAAACUCUCGCUUCUCAACAACUCUCAUUCUAGUUUAUAAUAUCCAGUCAACUCUCAUCAAUAUUCACGCUCUUGUUCUCGUUUGACCGGGGCAUGAGAGUUGAGAAAACUCUCAUGCAAACUCUCGCUUCUCAACUCUCAUCAACUCUCAUUCUAGUUUAUAAUAUCCAGUCAACUCUCAUCAACUUUCGUCCAACUCUUGUUCUCGUUUGACCGGGACUUAAGCAAUGCCAAAUUGACAAUGUACGAAUUCUUUGUCUAUUCUAAAGAACUCUCAUCUUCACAGGACGAUAUGCUAAGACUAUGCGCAGACGAUAUUGACUUCGUUUUUCAAACAGAGACCAACGGAUGAUGCCAUUCAACAAUUUUGACGUGAGUUAUGAAGCAAUCACAUAAAAUUCGAAUUGAAAUUAUAUUAUUAAAAUAAUAUUGUUUAUGUGAUAUAUAAAUGCAUUAAGAGAGAAUUUUGUUCUGGUCAACAGCUGUCACUUUCGGAAUGAUACUCAAAGAUGUGAAUUGUGUGAAAUACUGUUUUUAAUGCUGCCUAAAGGCCCGUUGACACUUGCAAUUUUCACUGCGAUUUCUAGUGUGAUUUUGUCUGUUGAUGCAUGUGAACCGUGAACGACUACACACGCAAAAACCUCACAUCUUGUAACAAGUCUGUCAACAAGCCGUCAACAAGUUGUGUUCGCACUGCUUGUCACAAGUUGUCAACAAGUUUGGAACAAGCUGUUAACAAUUUGUAACAACCUUGUUGAUAUUAUCAGGUUUUUUACAAGGUUGUUCCAGCAAGUCCGAUACAGUCAUGAUAUAGCAGUAUUGUUACAACCUUGUGUCGUCAACCUUGUAACAUUCUUGUUUAUCAUGACUGUAUCAGACUUGUUAGAACAACCUUGUAACAAGUCUGAUAAUG